CUUGAUCAGACGGACACCGUUCCCACUCGAGCUCCAAGAGGCCGCGCACAAACCCUAAACCCUAGCCCCUCUCUCCAUUUCCCCCCUCCUCUCCCCCUUCAUCCCCGCGACGCCGGCGACCUCCUUCCUCUUCGCCCCCGUCCGCCGCGACCUCGUCAACCUCGUCUGCGACCUGGGGCUUUGUGAAGAUGAAGCUAGUGCAGGACAAUCGGGCUGGGACCUCGAUGUUUUACUUUGUGAAGAUGAAGCAGGUGCAGGACAAUCGAGCUGGGACCUCGAUGUUUUACCCGGUCCUGCCUGAUUCAAUGUAUGAUCUACCUGCUCCCUUGGUCCCCAGGUUUACCACAGCCAAGAAGUACAACAGGAACUAUCGGGCUCGUCGUGCAGCAAGGAGGUCCGUGUUUCAGGCAAAGGGGUUCGUCUUUUUCGAGGGUGAACUUGAGAACCUGUUUCAGCCAAGGGCAAAGGGGCAGCCCUUUGAACUUUCUGAAGGUGACCUGGAGCUGUUGUUUCAUGAGGAAUUUACCUUUAAUGUGGUUUCACAUCAUGAGUUCCUAUCGUCGCUUGAGUACAUUGAGUUUGCGGGUCUCUUCAACGGCAAGGCUGCCAAGGACGUCUAAGUUUGGUAUAUGAGGAUGUUGUAGAGUUCUGAAAGCAGGACAAGUCUUCAACAUUUCUGUCAACCGCGAGUUUCAAGGCAAAAUAUGCUGGGAAGGAUGCUUUUUUCAAUUCAAUAAUACAAACUCUGUUAGCUUGAGUUGAAAUAUGCUACUGCUAUAAGGUUGUCUUGAACUAGCUCUGGGAGGUUGAAUUGAGCUAUACUAUGAUGAUAUAACUUCUGAUCUGAAGUGACUAAGUUCUUAUGGUUACCUGCAAUCCUUUUUUUGAUCUA